AUGCCGACCCUCUGUCUUCUCCUCCUCCUCCUCUUCUCCACCAUAUUCAUGUCUCCCGCCUUCUCCUCAGCCAUCAACCUCCCUUCUUCUCACCAAUCUCUCUCCUCCAACUCCUCCGACUCCUUCGAAACGACAACAACCACCACCUCCACCGCUCCCACAUUACCACUCGCCAACACCAAGGGCAUCAUCCCAACCCCACCGGUCCCACCCACCAUCCCCUCCCAUCCUCCUGGAACCGACCCCUCCUCCUUCUACGAAUCAACCGACAUCCACCUCGAUUCCCCAACCCAAACCUCCAGCUCCGAACCCAUCUUCCAACCCAGCUCCGAACCCAGCUUCUUCCAAAGCGACACCCUCCCGUCCCUCCCGUCCCUCCGCCCCUGUACCACUACCCUAACCAGCAACAACAACAACAACCGCCCAUGCCCCCCACCCACCUGGGAAGGCACUCUAACCAUGUGGCCAUCCACCACCACGUUACUCAAACCCAUCAACUGCCAUGGGUGCAUCGACGACGGCGAGCACGACGUGGAGGGAGGUGUGUGA